UGAGCAAACAUGGGCCGCUUCUAUGGGAUUUAAACACGAAACCAUAAGCUGUGACAAUACUGUGGGUAAAGCCCAUCCACAUACACUGUAGUGUGUGGUGUGAAAUAAAGGAAACGUGGAAACAUUUCAUAAUUAAGAUUCAUAUAGCUUCUUUACAUACAAAUAAAAAGGUAGAGGGGCUAUAAAAAAUAAAAACACAAGGAAAAAAUUGUUAAAAAAACAAAAAGAAAAUAGCAAUGAAAAAAUGAAAACACUACAGAAAGCUUAGUUAAAUUCAACAUGUUAUAAAUCAUCACUGAGGUUUCCUUCCUGAAAUACUUGGGAACACUUUUCCACAGGUUGUGGGAUGUUGAUAAUGUUGAUGAAUGCUAUGGAUCAUACAAAUAAGUGAAAGGAUUAGAGGAAAGUCCAACAUCAAGUUCCUUUACUAACGUGGACGAGUGAGUCUGAUAAAGUGAACACAAAAUAUUGCUCGCGCUUUAACUUGAACAAAAUAUUCAAUUAAAUAGCAUGAUGUCAAAAAACUGUAGAAAGCUCCAGAGCAGCUACUUGAUGGACCUUUUGUUGAGAUUGUUUGGGUAGAUAAAGUUUCUUUGGUUGUGCAGUAACGCAGAAAUAAAAGUGAAAAAUAAUCCCCAGUUUGGUGUUGGUGGUGGUGAUGGUGGAGGACAGCGCUGCAACACUUUUCCCACAGGAGUUUAGUUGAGUUGUGUUUUGGUGACAGCGCAUUUGAUUCACAUCUUUUUCAAACCCAACAAACUAUUCAGUAACUUUUCAUGUGCAGAAGCGUUUGCAUUUGUUUCGCCACUCAUUUUACUAUCAUUUUUCAACAUGUGGAAGGUAGAUGACUCAGUUGUGAACAGUGCAUGCAGCUGCAAGUGGAGGUUUAAAUCUGCCCUGUCGCCUUCUUCUCUCUUCUCGCUGCUGUUCUCUGUCCACUGUCCAAUGAAGCAGCAAUGCCACAGAAAUGAAAUAUAAGGAACAGGACAAAACAAGAUUGUUUUUUUAAAUGUCAGCAUUCAAAGUCAAUUUUGAUUUUUUUUUUUUUUUUUUUUUGAUAGCUUUUGCUUUUACCAGCCUCUCAGUGUUCAGUGUUAGGACUAAAGGUCCAUUGUUGUGGUUAGGAUGGUGUCCUUCCAGAUAAGGACAGGAAAGGACGGCUUCUUCUUCUCCUCCUUCACUUUGCGUUUUGAUCAUCCUCUGGAAGCAUCGCUCUCUUCCUUCACUAUUUUUCUCCGUGGAUUUUUCAACCGAAAGCAGGACAACUGGCGACUGAAAUGGGUGAAUGGGAUCUGCUGGGCCGCCUGCUGGACAAAGUGCAGAGCCACUCCACAGUGAUCGGCAAGGUGUGGCUCACUGUGCUGUUUGUCUUCCGCAUCCUGGUCCUGCGCACCGGCGCUGAGAAGGUGUGGGGCGAUGAGCAAUCUGACUUUGUGUGCAACACCCAGCAGCCCGGCUGUGAGAACGUCUGCUACGACCUCGCCUUCCCCAUCUCUCACGUUCGCUUUUGGAUUCUUCAGAUCAUCGCUGUCACGACUCCCAAGCUGCUCUACCUCGGCCACGUCCUUCAUGUGAUCCACAUUGAGAAGAAGGUGAAGGAGAGGAUGAGGAAGCAGGCGGAGCUGGAAGACCAGGCCAGUCUGUUCCUCAGCAAGGCCUUCAAAGUUCCCAAGUACACCAAGAGCAGUGGCAAAAUCAGCAUCCGCGGCCGCCUCCUUCGCAGUUAUGUCCUCCAUCUUGUGGCCAAGAUAAUCCUGGAGGUUUUGUUCAUCGUGGGUCAGUAUUUACUUUACGGUUUCACCCUCCAGACUCGCUACGUCUGCAUCCGCUUGCCCUGCCCUCACCAGGUGGACUGCUACGUCUCCAGGCCCACGGAGAAAUCGGUCAUCAUCUGGUUUAUGCUGGUGUCAGCGAUCGUCUCCCUUGUGCUCAGCGUGGUUGAGCUCUUCUACCUGUGUGUGAAGGCGGUGAAGGAGUGCAUGGCGAGGAGGCAGGACUACACCGUGACCCCGGUGACGCCUCCGUUUUCGGAAAGGAAAGCUUUUAGAAGCCGGCCCGAGAUCAUCCAGAACUGUGCCAACCUGGAGCUGGAGCUGCAAGGACAAAAGUUGGGGGCGAACGGGGUCAAAGGUGGGGUGAACAAGGCUGUUCAGAAUGUACCAACUGAGAACAAGAUGGGGGAGGUUCACAUCUGAAGCGUGGAGGCAGAGAUAGGUUGUAGGUUGUUCCAGUAUUUGUGUGUUUUGGCUUAAGAGAGGAAAAGGGGGUGUGUGCGCAGGAAAUACAGAUGGGGGGGGGGGGGCAGCCAGCUUCUGUAAACAGGCCUCAGUCACAUACACAGCGUUGCUUAAAAUGACUUCAAGUGACAUUUGUGACAUAGUAAAAAACAAACAAACCAUGUUUUCUCUUUUAAAUAGAGUAGAUAAGAUUUUUGUACUUUGUAGAAAUGAUUUAAGACAGUGUAACGUUACAAUUUGGAUUCAAUAAACAUCUCGU